AUGGCGCCCAAGGGUUCCCUUUCGACCCGGCUCAAUCCGAUGCGUCUGAACACCAUCAAUCACCUCCGUGUUCGCCGACCGAAUCAAAAUGAGCAGAAUCCCUGCGUUACAGUGAUGUCUUCCAUGCUGAACUGCUGGGCAUCUUCUGGCUACGGCGCAGAGGGAUGCGCCGCUCUGGAGGCUCAAUUGCGCAAGUGCAUGGACGCACCGAAAUCCCAGGAAAAGAAGAAGAACACCGUCAACUACCACCUGAUGAGAAUGUACCCCAAGGUCGUCGGCCCGCGCAAGAAGGACGGUGUCCUGGGUUAA